AUGUCGCAGGAUUCUCGACGUGCAGGUUCAUUGUCCAGAGAUGUGACUCAAGAUGACCGUGCCAGUGACAAUGACCGUGCAUUUACAAGCCGAAAUCCUGCCCGCCGGCCACCUCAACGACCUCGACCCCAGUCAUGGCAUCCAUAUGGACCCGUGGAGCCGCCACUGGAAUCCAUGUCAUCGCGACCCAUUGGGGUUCAUUCCAUCUUGAACCACCCACAGGCAGCGGCUGAUCUGACCACACUCAGCCGUGAGCCGCUGAGCCUACCGGGUCCAUCUUCCUCCCCUCGCCCCCAAGGGACUUCCCCGAUCCGCUCAGGAUAUCCAUUGGUCUCGCAGCCGUUAUCUCCUAGGCCCCAUUCACGGCCUUUGAUGAAUCCAGCAUCGCCUUCGGCACGGUUUGUUGGCGGGGGCGGCAGGGCUUCUGGUCAGUCAAGUGUCGCACAGUCACCGCUAGUUCCUCACGAGACUUUGAUGGGCCCACGCCUACCCGUCACUAGUUCACCUCUGCCUAUAGAGACGGGUCUACGCCCUAUAGCAUCUCUCACUGGCACUCAGGCUCUGACUUCGCUGCAUUCUCGACGAACAAGUGCAGGCCCGGGGCCUCUCACCAACCCGAACUCCCAAGAAACAAGUCCUAGCACGCCUCAUUCAACUUUCAGUCCCUUUGGCCGUGUAUCCCCAGCAGCGACCAGCGUCUCCCUCCCACAAAGCACCGCAUCAUAUCCCACUGCGCCUCCAUAUAUGACAAUGGACCCUCUGACUCGACCCAUACCCGCAACAAAAGGCCCCAGACGCCAACCUGAACAAGCCCCCUCCCGAGCCGGAACACCACAGGCCAGCCCCCUCCCAGUGGGCAUGAUACCGUGCGUACUAGACAUGCGAUCUGGAUCCUCCAGCCAAGCCGAAAAGCGCAAAGCCAACAGCGACGCAUCACGACGGUUCCGAAAUCGGAAGCGCAACGAAAUGCAACUCGAGCAGCGUCUCACCGCACAACAGGAUGAGAUCCAGCGCGGCGUAGAAACAGUCCGUCGCCAGAGCGAGGAGCUCCGCUCCCUCAUCCAGCAACGAGACCACUACCGCUCCGAGCGAGAUUUCUACCGUGACCAUAUCGGCCGCACAAUGUCCCUAAGCGCCUUACCCCCAAGACCUUCUUCUCCACGCUCCGCUCAACCAAGUCUCCUCCCCGCAUCAGAACCGGGCACCACGGCGUGGUCGGGCGCUGAUGCUGCCCGAUCCGCUUCAGGCACGCAGCCGACUUCGGCGGGUCCGCCACAGGGAAGAAUGCUCGAUGCAGUUCAGUCUCAACCUGGUUGGCCUGCAAGUCCUCCGUAUUCUUCGACCCCCAUCGCACCCGCCGGACGGGCGGUUGCUGGCCCGCCUUCCGGGUCACCGUCCGUUACUGGAGGCCCGCUUCCUCCACUGCAAGGACCAUGGUCACGUCCUUGA